CUCAUCCGGUUGCAUAACGACACUUACGACAAGGAACUAGCAGAAUAAGAAUAAUAGAAUAAAAUAAGAAUAAGCUUUCGGUGGUAUAACAUAUGAAAUAUGAACUUUGAUUUUAAAUGUUUUCUAUUUAUUUAAAACACUUGAUUCUAAACACAAAAGCGAACCAUUUAAGAAUCGACCAAGAAAUUAGCAAAUUACGACUUCGUUUUAAUGUCCAUGCAUUGUCUUGUCCGGGGACGACGCCUCUGCCAACAUGGCCGCUGCGUUUGCACGUCGUUUAGUCGACUUUCGCAAUACCCUUAAUGGUUAUCUAGUCUUUCAUUCAAAUCUGUGUGGAGUUUUAUCGAACAGCUGCCACAACGUCAGUUUCUGGGGCGUAAGACAACAGUGUAUUUAAUUCUGUAAUCAAGGCACAUGGCAAUCAUAUUUACCUUCUGAAUAAUUAUGUCGAUCGCCAUGAUGCAUUAUAUACAAAUCACCACAGAAGCCAACUUUUCCGUUUUUGGUUUAGCCUAUUAGUUGCAAUCAUGUUAUCGUGAUCAUGUUGCUGUACGGGGGCAAAUAAUGCCACCGUGAAGAUGCUAAAUAAGUAAUAAUUGAUGUAUGUUUUUAACGAAUGUGGCCAUGGAUCGGAAGAAAAGUAGACUGGAGAGUCAACUGUGCGCAGCAGUGAACAAUGGAGAACCGAGAUCUGUGAAGCUACUUCUGUCCCAGGGUGCCAUCCCAGACCUUGUGGGGAGUAAAGGGGUGGCCGCAAUACAUUUAGCAGUGGGCAAAGAGACUGAAAAGAACAUGCGAUGCUUGAAACUGCUACUGCAACAUGGUGCAGACCCAAAUGUGAAAUCAUUAGAUGGCCUAACUCCCCUUCACGUCGCUGCAAUUUGGGGUUGUUAUCAGAAUCUAAAGCUGCUUUUGAUGAAUGGUGGCAACCCCAACAUAAAAGAUAAUGAAGGAAAUACAGCAGUGCAUCUUGCAGAGCAAGAGGACAACAGAAGGUGUGCUCAGCUUUUACAGGAGUAUCUGUGCAGUUCUGUGGCCAUGGAAGAAGAGGACCUGUCUCAUUACAAAUACUCGUUAUACUCUGACCACAGAGACACAUCUGGCUAUUCUGAAUCUGAAGACAGCUUCACUUCCCAGUCGUCAAUGAUAAGUAACCUUGGUGAAGCCCCAUUAAGCAGCACAAAGCGGUCAUCAUUUUUUAUCAACUCAAACAUAAAUGAAAGUAAAAUUUGCAAUGAAAUAAUGUAUAACAGACUCUUUGAUGGGGACACCGAACCACAGCAUAAUCCGAACUGUACAUCUUUCUCACACUGGACAUCUGAAGAUGCCUCCCUUUUAUCAAGUACUCGCAUGUCUACAGCGGGACCUACAAUACCAUUUCCAAAGGGGAAUGAUUUGUUCGCUGAUGACGAUGUGCUGUCCAAGGACGGUGUACUUAAUCUACCCACAACAAAUGGAAAAAUCACUGCCACCAAGCCAGACAUGCUUACCACAUGUCAGUCCAGACCUCCGAGAUGUAAAAGCGUCAGUUUCUGUAAUGUCGAUGAAUAUUUUCCCGUUUUCACCCCAGAAUAUCCCAAAAAGAUGUCGGCUAUUGAUAGUCCACAGUGUGAUGGAAGCAUCUCUUUCAACCUUUCUGAGUACUCUAGCUUCCUGGAUUCAGAACGAUUGGCAACUGUUCUCCCCAUGCAGGGCAUAGAUGUCACCUCACCAGACCAUGUUUUUGUUUUCUGCCGGGAAAUUGGUCAAAGGACAGAUGAAAGCCUGGAGAAAACAGUCAUUAGCCACUGUACUCUGGAUCACAGUGAUUGUAAGGGGGAUGCGGAUGUAAAAAAACCUCCAGAGAAUAUAGAACAGCCAGCACAUCCUAGUGGAGCAAGCAGUAGCAGUGGGGGCAGCAGUAGUUAUGGUAGUUGCGAAAGUGACCACUAUAGCAGUGCACUGGAUAUUUUCAUGCAUCCUAAACAGCCAGCUCUAUCUAAAGAAUCUAUCAAAAAUGCUGAUGGAGAUGCCCCACAAACUCAAGAUGAACCUCGAGAUGCGUUUAAACUUGAUAAACGGAGCUUAACUGAGGAUAAUUGUCUCAGCAAUAAUGUGACUAAGGCUUGCAUUGAUUCUCCUGUAAUUCCUUUAAGAGAAGCAGAACACCCACGAGAAGACAUUCAUUUCGGGAAUCCAGAAGAAACCCAAGAACAAUUUCCACCAAGUCCAUUUGUAACGGGCCGUACAAAGUCGAGGCUGAGUCGCUGCUCAUUUAACACUAGCAGAACCCCCGACGGCCUCUUAAGCACCUCUUGCCUAUUUGAGGAGACUUUCCCAGAACCAAUAAGAACUCGGCACACAACUCCUAGAGUUCUGAAAAACACCUCAUUCAGUUCACCACGUUUUCAAUGCUAUACAUCGUCAAAUUUAGAGAGUAGCACAGGACCAGACUCAUUUCCCAGAGACUAUCCAGGUACUCAGUCCAGCACCCUGAAAAGAGGUUCAUGUGUAAUCUUUAGCCAGGCUGAUACCCUUAGUCUCCCCAAAAGCAUCCGUGACACCUUUGUUGAGUCACAGACUCUUUGUGACACAGUUAUUUUAGAGGAAAAUCACAAUUCCUCAAUGGAUUUCUAUCAACAAAAUCUUGCAGAAGUUAUCCAGGCGAUCCAAGCAGAAGAGUUUGGACUUUCAAAAGAUAGGGAUUUUUUGACAGAUGAUGCGACAAGUACAGAAGAUGCAACAAAGAAGGCAAAUGAUCCACCUGAAGUACCUUACCAGCAACAGGAAAAUGUCAGGAUUGCAGAGGACGCUAGCUCUCAGACUGCAUCAGUUUCAUCUUCAUCCAGCUCCAGCUAUUUUUCCCCAAGGAGGUCAAGGGAAGAUUCAGACCUUCCAUGCACUCCAGGGACCGGAUACACUCCCAGAUACAGCAUGAGUCGACUGUCAACAAACCCUAGGUCUCAGCAUCUGACCAACCUGUCUUACACCCCUGGGGGCCGUCCGCACAUUGAAGAUUCAGAUGAACCAGUGGAGUACCUUUACACUGAUACGGAGCAGGGUCACAAACUUAUUGAGUCCCACAUUCCACCUACGGCUAAUACCUCACGCAUCUCCAGCAUGAGUACCACUAGCAGUGACGAGACCCUCAUCUAUGACUGGCGGUCCAUGCAUACAGAUAUACGAGACUAUAAGGAAAACCGGAAGCCACUGGAGACCCCCAGUAACAAGAAGUUCAAUGAGGUUAAGGGGAGAUGGUCGCUAGAGACCGAUGGGAUAACUGAUAAGGAGCUCAGACGGAGGUUGAAAGAAAUGGGCGAGAGUCCGGGCCCUAUUAGCCGUCGAACCAGGCCAGUCUACAUUCAAAGGCUGCGCCGCCUCCUGCAGCAGUCAAACUCUAAACCAUCACAGCAAAAAGAUCAAGUGGAGCAAUCGCCAACUGCACCUUCAGGUUAUAGCACAGAACUGAAUAUAGCCCUGCAGACCUUUAAGCUGCCUGACUCUCAGGAUGACGAGCAGGCCUUGUGCCAACAAUUUGACCAACCGGAUCAGAACCGAAAGUGGAGAGAGGGCAUUAUCAAGUCCAGCUUUAACUACCUGCUGCUUGACCCAAGAGUGACAAACAAUCUUCCAUUCCGGAGUAGUAGCAUGACUCCACAGGAGUGUUUCCAGACAUUUGUCAGUGCCAUCUUUUAUGUGGGCAAAGGGAAACGCUCACGCCCCUACAGUCAUCUUUAUGAGGCCUUGGACUUCUACAGAGGGGAUAAAACCUCAAAGAAACUUUGCCCCAAAGUGCAGCACAUACUUCAGGUAUGGAAUGCAGAGCAGGGGGUCAUCUCUCUGCAUUGCUUCCAGAAUGUCAUUCCAGUGGAGGCUUACACAAGAGAGGCCUGCAUGGUGGAGGCAAUCGGGUUGAAGAUGCUCACGAACCUGAAGCGUGGAGAUUUCUAUGGUGUGGUGUCAAAUUGGCAGUUGAAGAAAAAGCGUGACCUGGGUGUCCAUCUGCUUUAUCGGGCCAUGCAGAUAUUUUUGGCUGAAGGUGAGCGACAGCUCCGGCCAGCAGACAUCAGACAGUCGUAAGCAAACGAAAAACGGACUUCUUCACGACAACUCAAAUCCAAACUUCAGGUAUUUGUGAUGGCCUUGGAUGAUGAUAAUCCUUGAACAAAAACUGGAAUUACUUUAUUGUGGGAACAUACGAGGACAGAGAACUAGUGAUUUUUAGGGUUGGACAUCGAGAAUCGAGAACUGAUCGGAACCGGGCCUAACAUUGUGGUUGACCAGAACCAUUCAAAUUUCAAAAUUUUCAUUCCCAGUUUCGAUGAUUCCUCCUCCAGCCAUGAAGACGAUGUAGCAAAGAACAAUGAAGAAAUGGCAUUAACCAACAAAGAACGACACACACGAUAUUGUGCUUGUGCCCUACGGAGGCUGCACAAACUAAAGUGUUUCAUAACUUUGUUAAAAUUAAUGAUCUGUCAACUCAGUGCAAGACUUGAAAUAAGAUUCAGUUGUGCGAAGGAGAUUUUCACAAUGUGUGGCGCCAAGAAAACGACGCACUCUGAGCCUCAGUCUAGCUUCAGCAAAGUCAACUCUCAGUCAACUGAGUGAGUGAAACAACAAAAUAAGUCUAUGUUAAGAAUGAGACAGCUAACAAUGCAAAUGAUUGCAUGCAGUUUUGCGAAAAUGGUUUUUAGCGAUUAUUUUAGUCUUCAAACUAACCUAAGCGCUGACUAGCUUAAACGUCACUCGAGUAACUUUACAUUGCAAUUAAUUGGAACAAUAUUCACAUAAAUGUUGUCUCACAAAAGUUCAAACUAUUAAUUUUGAAAAAAAAAACCACUGGUGUUGUGUGUAGUUACUUUUUAUGCCAAAAUGCUGAGUUCCGGUGUCUAUGUACCAUUCAAAAUAAAAGGCUACAAUCUUAUAAAAAGAAAUCAAGUGAAAACUUGUAAGUAUAAACAAUUUGUCACAAUGAAACGGUCUCAGAUAAGUAUUUUAUAACUAUUUUAUGCUGUAUUUAACUUUUAUCUGAAAUAAUAAUAAUUAAUAAAUACGAAGUUAAUUGGGCUAGUUCCACACACACUGACUUUUUGUUCAUAGAUUUAUGAUUGAUACUUUGAGUUCAAUGUUCAUUUUAGUCUAUAUGCUGCAGGCUACUAAAAAAAUGGAAUGUAAUUUGAACAUCGUUUAUUUAACCCAUCCAACCAUGAAAAAUAAUUGUAACCAAGAAUCGUUUGGAAUCGAGACCAAAAUAAGGAAAUGAAAUCGCUCAGAUUCAAACGAUGUCCAACCCUCAUGGUUUCAUUUCCAAUCUUAUGAAGUCAGGGCACACAUUUCACUAUUGAAAACUCUCACAGCACACCAACAAACAAAAAUGUCAUAAAAGGUGGAUGCAUGAAUUACUGUACGUGCUUCCUGGGAUUUGAUAGAAGGGCACUUACUUUUGUCUGAUCACUACGCCUCACUGGUAUAAAUAGAUGAACAAAGAUGCCUUAUUUUCUGUCAAUUUUUGGAGCAAUUAACUUAAAUUUUCCACUGCACACCUGCUAAGCAUCCACAGCAAACUAAUUGAAAAUCACUGAUCUACAGACACACAAUGAACUGUAUAUAGACCAUUUGUAUGUGGUCCGUUGAUGAAUUACUUUUUUAACAACUGGGGCUGUGGCUGUAUUUAAAAAAAAAAAAAUACAUUGAACUCAUGUUAAGUGGGAGGCAUAAGACACCUUCCACUAUUUAAAGUGGCUGUGUGCUAUUUCACUUUAUUAAUAAAUCUGCAAACAUUUCAAUUAUUUCAUUUUUUUUCUGUCAAUAUGGGACACUGUAUGUACAUUAAUGAGGAGGGAGGGAAUUGAUGGAUGACCAUAUCCUCCCAUUCCCCCACUACUGUAUAACUACGUUUCCAACUCAUACUGCCCCCAUGUGGUCAAAUUGUGGACAAGGCUCUGCACAUUAAAUGAGAAAGUGUCAAACACAUUUAUUUUCAUUCCAUUUAAUUCCAUUAUUACUGCAUUAUACACAGAUGGCUAUUUUUGUCAUAAAAAACAGUUCCAACAUUUUUCAAGUGGUUGAGGAUUGAUUAAUCUUUUGCUUUGAGUUGCAAGUGGAAUGAGGAAGGAAUGAAUGAAACUCACUUCUCAGGGCACAACUGUAUAUGGAUUAUUGCAUAAUUGUAUAUAGAUGAUUUGGAAAAAUAUUGCAAUAUCGUGUUCCGUCGUUUAACACGGGGGUUGAGUUCCAAAAGACACCCGUGUUAAGUGAAAUCUAGUUGUUUUGGUUUUUUUUUUGCAUCUUUUAGAUUCUUUCAUUCAUUGUCUAUUUUUUUCAUUUACAGAAUGUUUUUUCAUAAACUGUAUUUUUGUUUUUCAUUUACCAUGCCUGUUUUUUCUUUACAGGUUGUUUUUGUCAUUUAGUUUUUUUUUUUUUUUUUUUUUUAGUAUUUUUUUUUCAUCUACAGUAUGUUUUUUCUUUUCAAGGCUGAUAAACCCCUAGGCACACACUUUAUAAGCUUUUCCCAGACAGGCAUUAACAUUUUCUCACAUUUCUCUUGUUUAAACACGCUCAAUGUUCAAACCUUUGUAGAAAAAAAAUACUCUACUGUAUUCCAGAAUGUACCCAAACAUUAAAACCUAUUUGAGCCCAAAACAUUUGAGAAAUAAAUAUAGAAACACC